CUCCUCCUCCAUGCAACUGGCUCUUCUCUUGAGUAACAGCACAUCAACAGAGACAGGGGUCAGUGUGGAUCUACCUAAAGAGAGUUUCUCCAAUGCUUUAGCUAAGAACAUUGUUGCCGUUAUGGUGUGGCUGGCCCUCAGUGUCAUCAACAGCAGCAUGGUGUACACCUUUCUACAACACAGUGUCUUUUAUGAGAACUCCCGGUACAUCAUGUUCAUCUGCAUGGUGGUCAAUGAUGCUCUGCAGCUUACGCUGGUAACAACUCUCUAUGUGGUCAGCUAUGUCUUCAGGAAGAUCCAAGUCUCCAUCUGUUGUCUUCUGAUAAUGACGGCAGUCUUCACCACCCGCUCCACCCCUCUCAUCUUGGCCGGGAUGGCGGUAGAGCGCUUCAUCGCCAUCUGCUUGCCGCUACACUACAGCCACAUGUGCACCCCGCCCCGCACCAUCUUCCUCAUCGGUGUCAUCCUCAUCCUCACUGCCACCCCUCCGAUCACUGACCUCCUCAUCACCAUAAUCAAGGAGCCUCCAAAGUUCUUCCACAGGGCCAUAUUUUGUGACCACUCCUUUCUCUUCUCUGAUCCUUCCAUCUAUUACAAGAACUGUGUGUUUGAUGGGGUAUACCUCUCCUUCGUGGCGCUCACGCUGCUCUACACCUACUGUAAGAUCAUGCUGACAGCGCAGGCUGCCUCCACCAGCCUGGCGUCAGUGAGGAGAGCCAGGAACACUGUGCUGCUUCAUGGAGUGCAGCUGCUGUUGUGCAUGUUGACCUUCGUGGUUCCCUCCCUCCAGGCUGCUCUCAUCUCCCUGUUCCCCCAGCUCAUCCUGGAGAUCCGCUACGUUUUUUUCUUGCUCGUCUACAUCAUCCCUCGCUUCAUGAGCCCAGUUAUCUAUGGGUUCCGAGACGAGCUUUUCAGGAAGUACUGGACCCAGUAUUUGUCCUGGCCCAGACAAAGGAUCAGUGGGGUCAGACCUGGAGCCUUAAAAGACGCCUGCAUAUGAAAUGAAGUCCUGUAGGAGGCAUGAAGCCCACCAUUUAAUCAGUGAAUUAUGAUGUGACUUCAGGAUUUAAGACAAAUUUGUCUGUUUGUUUCAAAUUUCUGACUUUUAUGACUUUUUGAACUGCUGGUUGGACAUAAUCAGAAAUGUCAAUCAAAUUCUCAGAACACAAACUUAAAAUUGGCAAAUUCAGAGAAUGAUUAAAAUGUACAAUUUGUGGCAUUAAUAUGACAUUCUAAAAAUCAAAGCUACUAUUCAUUACAAACAUGACCACUAGGGAAGCAGCAGGUAAUAAUUACAACGCCAAACUCUAAGGCAAUUAACCCCCCGCCCCACAAAAAAAAACAAGCAUGCACUCACCACUUUCUUUAUUACAUACACAUUCAAUUGCUUGUCUGUAUAAUGGUAAAGGCAAUCACAUGUCAGCAACUUUCAUGUUAUCAGAAUGAGAAGAAAAUAAACUCUAAAUGAUUUUGAAAAUAACAUGGUUUUGAUGACAAAGGCCAAUUUUGAGUAUAUAAAAACUCAUGAGUUACUGAGAUUUUAAAUUUCAAACAUGUUUUUGGAUUGCAAAUAAUGGUCCAAAGAAAUAUCCUGUUUUGUGGAUAUUGUUUCUUUGCUGACAUCUCUAAUUAUAACAGGCGGAAUGGCUCGAAUAAAAAAUGCAGCAGUAAUUCAAAUAGACACUAAUUUCUGAUCACAUUACAGCAGGAGAUGACCAAAGUGGAGAGCAACCAGUUCAGAACAAAAAGAUUCAAGCUUUUUUUUUUCAACAUGGCAGUGAAAUUACUGCACUGAGUGGACCACACAGUCACCAGAUCUCAAUUCAACACAGAGCCCCAUUGGGCUGUGGUGGAUUUUCAUAUUAUGGAUGUAAAACCAAGAAAUUGGCUGUGACUGCAUGCGGCUUAUAAUAUCUCUAAGGACCAAAUCUCUGAGAAAAGAGCCUUAGACAUCUUAUAGAAUCCAUACCGCAAAAAACUGCAGCAGUUCUGACCACAAAUGAGAGUCCAACUACUAA